AUCUUCGGGGACCACUUAUGUGUUACACCGGAAAUUCUACGGAUUGCUUUUAUUGCGGCACCGCUUCCUGUUUCUUCCUCUUUUCCCUUGGCCACCGGAAGAAAAUGACGAAGGGAACCUCUUCCUUUGGAAAGCGUCGUAAUAAGACGCACGCCCUGUGCCGGCGUUGCGGGUCCAAAGCCUACCAUCUGCAGAAGUCUACCUGCGGAAAGUGUGGCUACCCCGAGAAGCGCAAGAGAAAGUAUAACUGGAGUGCCAAGGCCAAGAGGAGGAACACCACUGGCACUGGUCGCCUGAGGCACCUGAAGGUGGUCUACCGUAGAUUCAGGAAUGGAUUCCGGGAAGGUACCACCCCCAAACCCAGACGUGCUGCGGUGGCUGCCUCCAGCUCAUCCUAAAUACACACUUUUUGUUGAUUAAACGGGCUGUUAAAUAGA